GUAAGUGCCUGGCAAGGGUAACGUGGGGCUGUGCCUGGGAGCACAGCUGCGAAUCUGCUGGGGAGGAAGCAGGGCCAGGGCAGCUCUGCCCUCCCCGAUCCUCCCCUGGGGCUUCUUCAGCCGUGGGGACACGCACCCCGAGGGCCUCUGUUGGCCUGACCCUGCUGCAGGGGCUCUCUUUCCCCACUGACAGUGGAGAUGGCCAGUUUUUUGAGCUCCUUUCUGCCCAGCUGCCUCCCCUCCCUCCUCUUCCUCCUCCAGCUGUCUUCCAGCUCUGCAGGACAGUUCAGAGUAAUGGGACCAGGGCAGCCCAUCCGGGUGCUGGUGGGGGAUGAAGCGGAAUUGCCCUGUCGCAUAUCUCCAGGAAAGAACGCUACAGGCAUGGAGGUGGGAUGGUACCGACCCCCCUUCUCCAGGGUGGUUCAUCUCUACCGAAAUGGCAAGGACCAAGAUGAAGAACAGGCGCCUGAAUACCGGGGCCGCACGGAGCUGCUGAAAGAGACUAUUGGGGAGGGAAAGGUGACCCUCAGGAUCCGGAAUGUAAGGUUCUCAGAUGAAGGAGGUUUCACCUGCUUCUUCCGAGAUCAUUCUUACCAAGAGGAGGCAGCAAUAGAAUUGAAAGUGGAAGAUCCCUUCUACUGGAUCAACCCUGGAGUGCUGGCGCUCAUCGCGGUUCUGCCUGUGCUCCUCCUGCAGAUCACUGUGGGCCUUGCCUUCCUCUGCCUGCAGCGCAGACUCAGAGGAAAACUUCCAGCAGAGAUGGAGAAUCUCCACCGGACUUUUGAUCCCCACUUCCUGAGGGUGCCCUGCUGGAAGAUAACCCUGUUUGUAAUCGUGCCAUUUCUCGGACCCCUGGUGGCCUUGAUCAUCUGCUACAACUGGCUACACGGACGACUAGCAGGGCAAUUUCUUGAAGAGCUAAGAAACCCCUUCUGAAUGAUGUCGCAUCUUGGCAGGGUGGAGAAGAGCCUGGUUGGCCCAAAGACUGGUCCUCGGGGAUGUCACAUCCAUCAAGUUGCACUCACUGGCCUCUUUGCUGUGGGGACAUUCCAAUCUGCACUUGCAGGAACGCUCUGAAUUCCAAAUAGGAUCAACUUCUCUUCUGUCAUCUACUUUGUCUCUCCCUUUCCCCAGCUCCUUCCUUCCUCUCCCCCUUUAUGCUGCCCACAUAUUUCUACUCCUUGGUCUAUCUUCCGUCUGGAAGCCCUCUCUGGUUACAGCCAGGCAGCUGCUCUUUUCUCCAUCAGAGGGCACCUGUGCUGCAGAGUAACACAGACAAGAGGGUCUCUGCCAUGAACUGGAGACCAGGAACCUCCUCGCUGCAAAUUAUAGCACACCAACUUUGCAAAUGGUGGUCGUUUCUUCCAAGAUCUCAGCCCUGCUGGGAAGGAGCAGGAAAAGUCCAAAACAUCCAAGACAGCGCCAAGUGACCUGCAGAGUGAGGACAUGGGGAGCCCUAACCAAAAACAGGAGAUGGGGAGAAACCCGCAAAACACUGGCCAGAGCUCCAUCUUGCCCCAGGCAGCCUACCGAGGUGCCAGGGGAGCAAGGGGUGAGAACUGGGCCACACACCUGCUUUAAAACGCCUCCCUUCUACAUCUGGCCCAGAUGGGUCCCUCACACUCUCUCCCCCACUCAUCUUUUUUCUCCCAUCUUCAUAUCUAUUGGAGUGUCCACUGUUGUCUUCAACAACUACUACUUGAUGGUCUGUCAGACACAAAGAAACAAGCUGGGUGCUAAUUAAUAAUACUACAAGUUUCCAUGUGC